GAGAGAGGAUAAACAGUGAACAGUGAUCACUUGUUCACUCAGAGGAAACCACACAAGCGCAGCAAUACCACCAAGUCAUCAGGGACCGGAGGUCACUGUGUUAUUGCCGGACACAACUUCACUCUCCUCUCCGGAGUUCAUCCACCUCAUCUUUCACAGGACCACUUGAGAUUCCUCCCUUUGGACUGGUGCCUGUGCUGUGUGACAGACUGCUUCCGGUGCUUUUGUUCUGGGACACGGGAGAGACCGAGAACGUCGACGGAGCGAGUUCAGAAGAUGCUCCUUUUAUGAAUAAAAGAUGGAUUACAAUUCAUGGACUUUUACCUUCGUUCUUCUGUACUUACUUUGGAGAUACGGAGCAAGUCACGAACUGCAAAGCCCCAGAAAUGUAAGUGUGGUCCUUCAGGAUGGUGAAGUGACCCUUGUCUGGGUUCCCCCUGCCCAGGCCCCAUCAGAAGCCUAUUACAAGGUCCAGCUUACGAAGUACAGCCGAGAGUUAAAUUGGACCACUGUGCCAGGCUGUGAGCAAGUGCCUUCAACCCACUGCGAUCUGACUUACUUCACUACUUCCAAAGAUCUCUACUGGGCUCGGGUUCAAAUGGUCAAAGGGGAGAUGACGUCACAGUGGUCAAAAAGCAAAAAGAGGUUUUGUAGGAAAGACAGUGAGCUGCUGCCCCCUACCUUCACCCUGUCCUCCAGCUCCACAUCAGUUAAAGUCACAGUUCACAGAAGCCAAGCCCUAAAGGAUACCUUUCCUCAUAGGCUGCUCUAUACGUGUCACCUACAUGAGAAAGUGCAGGACAACGUGGUGAAUAAGACUUUCGUGUGGGAGAGAACCACAGAAGAAGAGGACAAUGUUGAGUUUGACUACCUGACAUGGGGACAAGAAUACUGUGUUCAUGUGGAGGUGGAGCACUUUUCUGGAAUAGCCAAAAGUGUGAGCUCCCCUGACCAGUGCAUUCUACUCCCACAACCAGGGUGGUACACGGCAGCCAUAGUGGUGGCCAUAUCCGUGAGCAGUGUGGGAGUGCUAGGCCUGUUGAGUCUCCUGCUGUACUGUUUUCUGUGGUGGCCCAAGGCACUGCCCAGCACCCUGAAAUCCCCCCGCAGUGCCUGGCACCCCCUGAUCUUGGGUGAUGUCCCUGUGGAGAAGGUGACGGACCAGGGGUGGUUCCUGAUUAGCCAGAAGAAGAGCGGAGAGCAGGGAGUGAAACGGAAGGUGAUGGAGGAAGAGGAAGGAGAGAUGAGGAGGGGCAGCAUGGACAGUGGGGUUAGCGUGGACCAGUCCCCAUCGGAGAAGGGUAGAGGCGGAGAGGGGGAUGGAGGCGAUGGGCGGAAACAGGAAGACAGUGGUUGUGGGAGCCUCGGGGAAACUGACGGCGACAGUGACAGCAGCAGCAGCAGCAGGCGGGCGUCUGAGGAGCGCCCCCUGCUGGACGGGAGGAACCAUGGAGGAGACUCCCCUCAGAAGGAGGACAGUGGCUUGGGCCUGGGAUGUGGGAUUCGGUACAGUGACAUGCGGAAGGAAGACUGUGAGCUUCUCCCCGUGGAGGCGGUGGAGACUGGGGAUGGAUACCGCAGCCAAAGGCCGUCCUUUGUGGUUGUGCAGGAAGUCGAGAGAGAGAAACCCAGCGAAGGAAUCACUGGUGAAACAGACACCAGCAUAGCAAUCACUGUGGGGUACCGGCCCAGUCAGUUCAGCUGUGUGUGCCAGGGAAAAGGACUAUGUCUCUGGUGUCAGUCUGUCACACCUCUGCCCACUAAUGAACACUCAGUGUCCAGCUAUCCCACAGCUGAUCCCAGUGACCAGCUUCCUUCAUUCUCAGUUACCUGUAUCCCAGACAGCUACUUAAGAAAGACCAGUCCCCACAAUGGGGGAGAUCUAGUGCAUAGAGACACAUCGUUUGUUUGUCACAUACCUCAAAUAUCCUCAAAUGAGUCUGACCCACUCUUGAUAUCUGUACCACAGCUACCCCUUGUGUGUGGAGUACUAGAAAGCAGUGUGAAUGCUCUGUCCCUCUCACUGCGAGAUGUGGAGUUGACCUUUGGGUGAACAGUUAUAUCACUUCUGUGUAAUUGUAGUGAAAUGCUGGUCUUAUGUGUCACUGUCAUGUGACGUCAGUGACGUUCUGACCUCCGGCUGCCACAAAAAGCCCUCUGAAAGGCGGAAAGCUAACUCAGAAUUAUCACAGAGCCAACUCUGAGCUAACUCAGAGAAAACUCAGAGCUAAGACAGAGCUAACUCAGAGAUAACUCAGAGCUAAGACAGAGCUAACUCAGAGAUAACUCAGAGCUAAGACACAGCUAACUCAGAGAUAACUCAGUGCUAAGACAGAGCUAAUUCAGAGAUAACUCAGUGCUAAGACAGAGAUAACUCAGUGAUAACUCAGUGCUAAGACAGAGCUAACUCGGAGCUAACUUAAAGGACACUUGGCGUUAGAAAUAUGUGGGAGACAACUGAGAUACACAUUAAAAUAUGCCUCAAAAUAUACUUUAGGAAUUUUCACCUGAGCUUUGGAGACUGUGAUGCAAGUGGGAAAUAGACUUAUGCCUAAAUGCCAUGAGAAGGAUGUGAAGGGCACUAGAAGGCAAUCCAACCUCACUUCCUGUUCCAGCUGAUACCGAUUUGAAAUCGGCAAGGGCAGUAAAACUGAAACAUAAGCUAGAAAAAUGGGGAAAACGGACACUCAGCUAAUCAAUUAUGUCUCACCUCCGAAAUAUCCAUGAUUUUAAUGUGUGAGGGAAAGCAAAGCAAAAGCCAAGGGCUUAGCCUAACCCUGAACAACAAAGACUUCUAAAUAUUCUGUUUUUAAGUCUACUCAUUUUGCUAAUUAAUGCAUUUUGACUUAAGUUGUUGUAUAGAUGCGGGAGUUGUAUACAUUUUAUAAAAAUCAAUCAUAUCAUCAAUCAUUUUAGCAUUUUAUGGCUAGCUGCUUUCUCAGUACAGUAUGUUCUCCUGUUAACCUUUCACAAGUCAAAACGUAACACCAUAAAUAGCCAAAUUAACAUGGCACAUUCAUUGUGACAUGUACGUAAGAUCAAAAAUGCACGUCAGAGUUCCAAUGAAAUCCCGUGUAGGAGUUUAGCUAUAAAACAAGGAGCUGGUAGAUCUAUUUUGGGAUCGAUUCUGUGAAUCGGCCAUUUGAACUUCUGUAGUUUCUAUCACAUGAUGGUGACUCAUGGGUCAUUUGACUAUCUGCUUUCUCUCUGCGACAGCACCAAAAUGCUCGGUGAUCACCACUUCAUCGCACUUGAUGUUAAUUAUUUAAGUUUUCAAGCCUUUGUAUAUCAUAUUUAUCAAUAAAAGUGUUUUUUAACUACA